UUCUUUCUUCUCGUCUGAAAGUUCGACAGUCAAGAAAACGUUCUUCCUUCCUUCAGAAUUUUCUCUUGUCGGUUAAAUUAAAUUAAAUUUAAAGUUAAUUGUUCUUGUCGGAAAUUGCUGGUCAUUUGUCGCCAAGUCUUCCUCUUUCAAUCACCAAUUAAGACGCACCUGCACCGCUACAAGUCAGACGAAUUUUAAGCAGUUUACUAUUUGUCAUUCUCCGAGAAUAAGAAUUAAAAAUGGGUCGUGGCAAAUCUGACGUGGACUCUGACAUGGAGGAGGCGAAGGCUAGCGGAGAUGAAGGGGAGACUUCUGAACAAGAGGAGGAGUACAUUGUAGAGACGAUUCUCGACAAGCGAAUUGUCCCCGCGACCGGCAGGACGGAAUAUCUCUUAAAGUGGAAAGGUUAUGGAGAAGAGGAUAACACUUGGGAGCCGCAGGAGAACUUGGGCUGUCCUGAACUGAUUGAAGCAUUCGAGGUUGACUGGAGGGCAAAGGAGGCAGCUAAAAAGUCGUCCAAGAGCGGACCAGGGAGCAAGAAACGUCUUCUCGAGGAGAACAAGGAUGAUAACAAGCAGCGUGGAGGAGAUAAGGGAGCAAAGAAGGCAAAAGUUGGACGGGAGGCAGCUCGUGCCGAGUUGACUGGAUUUGAUCGAGGUCUCGAUCCUGAGAAGAUCAUCGGGGCGACAGACUCUUCUGGAGAGUUGAUGUUUCUCAUGAAAUGGAAGGAAACGGAUGAGGCGGAUCUCGUUCCAGCGCGACAGGCCAACGUCAAGUGUCCACAGGUCGUGAUUGGCUUUUAUGAAGAGCGUCUCACUUGGCAUACGAGCGGAGGGGACGAAUAAAUAAAUUCCCAAGAACAAAAAAAAAGUCUACCAAACCGAAAGACUGCUGGUUUCCUCCUCCUCCAUCGUACUAAUUGCGCGCAUCUAUCUUAAUGUCUUAUCUUAUCUCAUUUACAACAAUCCAAUUAAUCCCCAGAAAUGUUGAGCAAGUUGCAGAAUUUACAAUACAGGUGGAAGUGAUUGAUAGUCGCCAUUGUAUUAAUUAAGUAAAUUGUUAGCAAUUAUAAUUAUUAUUAGCAUAAGUUAAUCUUCUAUUUGGAUCCAUCAGGUUUCUUAUUGUUUUUUUUUAUAUAAGAUUUACUGCAUCCUGAUGGGUUGUCGUUUUCGUUUUUUUCCGUGUUUUUUGAACACAUUUAUAUCUAGAGUUAACUGAUGAAUUAAUUAAUUGCUGGUGAUUAUAGUCUCUUAAUAUAAUACAACAUACACUUGCUUGCUUACCUUUAAGGGGUUUGGCCAAGAAGAAAAAGUUAACUAUUUAUUUCGUACGAAUCAACGAAAUUAUUAUAUGUACCUUGAAAAAUAAUUAGCUCGAUGCCAUUAGUUUAUUUGCUUACUUGUUGGUUGACAUUGUCGGAUACUUUGUGCUUUUUAAAAAGUUUAUUAGCAGCGAAUUACAAUUAAUGUAUGAACGAAAAUUAUUGGACGAGAUAAUUAUGACGAUUUUGUUGAAAUUUUUUAUAUCAAUUUAAUUAAUUGGCUAAUAGUAUGACUACGUUUUUGUACCGUUACAAAACAUCCAAAAUUAUCAGUAAGCUUAAUUUUACCGAGUUGAAGAUUUUUAUAAAUUUAAGAAAAAACAUGAUGCGGGGAUAAUUGUAAGAAUUGUUUUUGUAUUGUAUUAUUAUUAUUUGGUAAAUAAAAAUGGGAUUUGAGAUUUGA